AUGACAGACGUUGCGAAGAAGGUUCAGGAAUACAAAGACUCUCUUAAACAGAAGGCAGAGCACUUAAUAAUAAAAGGUUUUCCAGAGAAGAUAGUAAAGUUGAAUGAACUUCUAGAAACGUCAAAUUUUCAAAAUCGUGAUCUCUCAGAUGUUCACCAGGACUUAAACAUUCCAGUGCCUCCUCCUGCUCAGUCUGCCAAUGAACCAAAUGCAAAAAGGCAGCGUGUAGAUGUGUCAGAGGUGACCAGUAACACAACUAUUGAGGGUACUAGAGUCUAUGCACUACCUAAUGGAACUGUACCCUGUAAUAAGCCAUUGAGUGACCUUAUACAUCUUGUAAAACCACACAUUAGAGAGCUUGUUGAGGACUCAAACUUACUCAAAAUGUGGAUUUCCUUUAUGAUCCCAAAGAUUGAAGACGGUAACAAUUUUGGGGUGUCAAUACAAGAGGAUACAUUAGCUGAAAUACAGUCUGUUGAGUCUGAAGCUGCAGCAUUCUUUGAUCAAAUUUCACGGUAUUUUAUAUCAAGGGCAAAAAUUGUAUCUAAGGUUGCCAAAUAUCCACAUAUUGAUGAUUACAGAAGAGCUGUUAGAGAGCUAGAUGAAAAGGAAUAUCUGUCUUUAUGGCUGGUGAUGUGUGAAAUUCGUAACCGCUACUGUUCCUUACACGACAUUGUCAUCAAGAACUUAGAGAAAAUCAAAAAACCACGUUCUUCUAAUGCAGAAUCGUUAUAC